GCAUGUGCAUGGAGCUGCAGAGCUCGGCCGAACGGAGACGCAACAGCAACACCCACUAGAGCUGCUGGAGCUGUAUUCCUUAUUGCUGAUUUCCCUCGUCACCCAUGUGCCACGCCGCGUGCACGGAAAUUUCAAUGCCUCCAAACUUCUACGAAGAUUUUUUUUUCCUCCCAAUUAGCCCCUGAGUGGCUUCCACGUCUCUUAAUGGCCACUGCCCAACGAACUAACUGUAAGUAAUUUAUGCUGAGAACCACUACUGCUUGUUGCGUCCCAUUUUGGUACACCGUACAGUACACAACUUAUAGCUGUGUCGCGCUAACAGUUUCGUUUCAAAGGACGUUUCAUCCGUAUCUCUGUAUGGCACAAUGAUACCAAUACUACUACUCGCGUUCCCCGUGCUUUAUAUGUGUGGUAUGCUCUCAGGCCCUGGGGGCUGGGGGAGUUGGGGAAACACUUGGGCGGCUGCAUCGAUCGGAUCCUGUUGGAUACUUGGAUGCGUUUCUCUCCUUCGAGUUCAGUUGUCACCAAGAUUGCAAGAGGAAGUACUACCUCGGAUCCAACCAGCACAAAAUCACUUCCACCUGCGGUGAAUGGCAUUGCUCUCCUAGGAGUUUUACCUACCCUUUUCACACAGGGGAUACGAGCAGCGAUCGCUAGCCUGUAUACCAAGUUUGGCAGUGUGUUCACCAUAAACCUAUUUGGAUCCAAGAUAACCUUCUUGAUUGGACCGGAGGUGUCGGUUCAUUUCUUCCAAGGGGCAGAGUCAGAGAUUAGCCAAGGUGAGUUUUAUGAGUUCACUGUGCCAAUGUUUGGCCAAGAGGUCGGCCAUGGCGUAGAUUUCGCCACACGGAAUGAACAGAACAGCUUCUGUAUCGAUGCGCUAAAGACAUCCAAGUUGAGGAGCUACGUCGAUCCCAUGCUUCAAGAAGUGGAGGUACUCCCAGCCAUGAACAGAACUUCUGCGCUACUAGAUAGCUAUAUAUAUACACUGAACUUAAUGUCUUCCAACUUACAAUGUGAUAAUGUAUUCAUGUUUCCGCUGGACUACUUUGAGAAAUGGGGACAAGAAGGCAUUAUAGAUCUAAAACAUGAACUUGAUCAAGUAUUGAUGUUGAUAUCAGGUCGAUGCCUACUCGGAAAAGAGAUUCGGGAGAAGAUGCUUGAUGAGUUCUACACAUUGUUUCAUGAAAUCGAAAAUAGCCUUAGCUUGAUCAAUUUCUUCCUCCCAUACAUCCCAAUCCCAGCAAACCGCCGACGCGACGCAGCACGUAUCAAGCUCAAGGAAAUACUCUCCGAGACUGUGAGGUCACGUAAGAGGUACAACCAAGUCGAGGAGGAUGCUCUACAAAAUUUGAUUGAUUCCAAGUACAAAGACGGGCGCUCAAUUAGUGAAGAUGAGGUCACUGGGCUAAUGAUUGGCUUGAUCUUUGCUGGAGAACACACGAACUCUCUCUCUAGUGCCUGGACUGGAUCUUACCUACUCAAUGAUGCAAAGUGCUUGAUGACUGCCAUCGAGGAGCAAAAGAAAAUUAUUAAAAAAUUCGGGAGACGGAUCGACUACCAUGUCUUACUAGAGAUGUAUACCCUAGACAGAUGCAUCAAAGAGGCGCUACGAUUGCACCCUACAGCACCAAUGUUACUUCGGAAGGUACAUAAGCACUUCACUGUGUGGACUAAAGAAGGUCACGAAUAUGAAAUCCCAGCUGGUCAUACCAUUGUGAGCCCUACAGUACUCAACCACUAUAUCCCUUACAUUUAUAAGGACCCUGAGGUAUAUGAUCCAGAAAGGUUUGGUCCUGGAAGAGAGGAGGACAAAGUUGGAGGCAAAUUCUCUUACACAUCAUUUUCUGGUGGAAGGCAUGCUUGCCCUGGCGAGGCCUAUGGUUACAUGCAAAUGAAAGUGAUAUGGAGCUAUUUGCUUAGAAACUACGAGCUCAAACUGCUAUCUCCUUUCCCCAAAGAAGAGUGGCGCAAAUUCGCCCUAAAACCUCAAGGGAAAGUAAUGGUAAGUUAUAAGAUACGACAACUUGCUUAGCACCUAGCUGAGAAACUAAUAUAUAUGUACAUCCCUUGUGCAUGUAUGCAUGUAUGGUUGCAUGUGUAAAUCCUUGUUAUCAUGUUUAUAUGUAUCUCCAGAAGUCUAUACGUCCGUGUGGAUGUAAUAUGCAUGUAUCAGUAAAUCAUGUGCGAAUAUAUAUGUGUAUCCUUAUGUGUGUAUAAUAUUUAUAACCAGUGCGUCCCCAGUA